AUGACAUCGUGUGCUUUUUCAAACUUUUCAAUAGAUUUUGUCACUUCAUAUGCACAACAGCACAAAGAUGAGAUAACCAAAAGAUGUUGUGAUGAAGAGAUCUAUGCACACGAAACACACGAGUGCUGCGAAAAUGAAGUAAUUAACAAGACCUCGCAUGUUUGCUGUGAAGGGGAAGUAAAUGAAAACAUUGAAGACGGUGAAUGUUGCGGCGAUAAAGUGAUUGAUCCAAAAACCCAUCGCUGCUGCAAUGGAAAGGAAUAUGAAAUGGGAUGGAAGGAAUGCUGCGGUGGAGAAUUGAUCGACAAAGAAACAGAGGGAUGCUGCAACGCAACCUCUUACGCGCAWGACACGCACCAUUGCUGCGGUAAUGAAGUAAUUGAUGCCAACACAAGCAGCUGUUGUGGAGACAGACCCUAUGCACAUGKAACGCASCAGUGCUGCGGCAAUGAAGUGAUCGAUGCAAACACGAAAACGCAAGAAUGCUGUGGUGAAAAAGUAAUYGAURCGGAUUCACACGCUUGCUGUAAAGAAAAACCUUACGCACGGGAAACGCAAGAAUGCUGCUCAAAUGAAGUCAUCGAGAGCGAGACGCAAGGUUGCUGUGACGGAAAAUCCUACGAUCGCGGUCACCAUGAAUGCUGCCAUAARGAUGUGAUCUCUAAAUCAUUACAAGGCUGCUGCAAUGGUGAAAAGUACCUUACUUUAUUCAAGAAAUGCUGUAAAGAUCAACUACAGUGGAAGCAUGUAGAUUGCUUGACUCCUGAUCAAUCAGUAGAAAACUGACAUUCAAAAACUCGCUUUUUAUAAGGGGACUAAGUGUGUUGAUUAGUUAUAGGGUUUUGUAGGGUUAUGUAGGGCUUAUUUUCAAAAUUUCACGUAAAAUUACUGUUAAUUUCUAGUUAUUAUCAUUAAUAUCGUUUUCCAUGCAGCAAUUUAUUUGGAUAAUUGAAACUAUAAUCAUUAUACUUGYAAAACCAAUGUCGAAUGAAUUAUCAUUGUCGAUUCAGUAAAACAAAU